AUCCCGCACGCAGUCGGAAAGAAGACGCGGCGUACGUUCAACCGCGUUUGAAUCCGAGCGCCCUUCGCGCCAUUCCCCGCGGCAGAUGCACGAAGGUCAAAAGUAUUUUAAAAAUAAGGCCGUAGGCAUUGGCAGAUUGGUAUGGCAGUGGACGUUAAGGGUCGGGUGGCGUUGUAAUGGCAAAAAGUUUGCGAGAGGGUCGGGAUUGGAGAUAGACAAGAUGGACCAGCAGUAUUGUCUACGGUGGAACAAUCAUCCAGCCAACCUCACAGACGUUCUCAGCUCGCUGCUUGCCAGAGAAGCACUCUGUGACGUUACCCUGGCCUGUGUCGGAGAGACCUUCAAGGCGCACCAAACCAUACUCUCUGCAUGCAGUCCGUAUUUCGAGAGCAUUUUCCUGCAAAACACCCACCCCCAUCCAAUCAUAUUCCUCAAGGAUGUCAAUGACACGGAAAUGAAGGCGUUGCUGCACUUUAUGUAUAAGGGCGAAGUCAAUGUUAGUCAGCAUCUCCUACCGAUGUUCCUUAAAACAGCAGAGGCAUUGCAGAUCAGAGGCCUCACCGAUAAUAGUGUAAAUAACAAGGCAGAGGACAAAUGUCCAUCACCUGAUCCAGAAACGCAAACUGGAGUAAGACAUAGCGAUUCGCCUAACCUCCAGUCUCAUCAUGAGAAGAGGAAAAGAAAGAAUUCAGGCAGCUACGAUGUUUCUCUUUCUGGCCCACCUAGCGAAAGAUUCUUGUCUGAUUCUCAGACAUCCUCGCAGUGUAGUUACAAAUCAAGUCCUCCUGUGAUUCCAAAGUUAAAUAAUGCCCUGGGAGUUGAGAUGGAAGAUGGUGGUCGACCCAUGUCCCCUGCUUCACAACCGCAGGCUCCUAUUAAACAAGAGGUGGAUCACCACUUGCCCGACUUCCAUGACAAUAUUUCCCUCCCCGGUCAUCCAGUUGGACUGAUAGGAGAAGAUGGAGGGGCCACGGCAGGAGCACUCAGUGAUGGUGUUCAAGGGAUUGAAUCAUCUGAGCACCAUAAUCCUCCGGAAAUGCUCGACGGACUUGAUGAGCUGAAAAAUUGGCGGAUAUCACAGAUAUUUGAGAGACAGAGUAACAGCGACGAGAGGAGGCGGUGCUCGUUGUGCGGUAAGGUCGUGACGAACGUGCGCAAUCACUAUUACGUGCAUUUCCCCGGGAAGUACGCCUGUCCGCUCUGCCCAGCGGUGUACACGCGCAGCGACACUCUGCUCACGCACACGCGUAUGAAGCACGCGCACGCGCACGUGCAAUAGUAUCGCACACACGCGUCGCGAUACUUUGAGCGUGCCGCGUACUUUAAGCUGCGGAUCUAGAGAACUGUGGAUCCCCGCGAACGUCUUCCUCCUCUUCAUCCUCUGGCGUGACUUCCUCGAUCUCGUCGUACGAAGCAAUCUCGCGAGCUCUCCCCGAACUUGUCCCCGGACUCGUUAUUCCAUUAGAUAAGCUCCAUUAGCGCAAACUAAUGUUUAUUAAAAAGCGGAAGUGUACAAUGGAAUCUCAGAGUUUGUGGAGGGAUGAGGGGGACGAAAAUCAAAGGGCUGAUUGACGCGACGAGUCUGUUCGAGAUCCUGGAAUGGAUUUUAGCGUCGGAAGAUCUAAGAAGCUAGCUGGUCCACAUAUUCGAGGAUGCGAUUCAGGAACUCUCGAAGAAACGUUUGAAGAGCGUUUGCGAUGCAACACUCAGAAAUCUUGUACCGUUCCUUUUCUUACGAGCGUUCGAUAUAGUCAAUGUUGCGUUUAGUACUACUUAAAGGCCACGCCAGGCGUCUCGAGUAAUUGCGAGAACCGUGUAAUUCCAUCGUGUAAAUAUUAGUCUUCACCUCUUUCCGUUUUGCCGUCUCCUUCUUUUCUCCUCUUUCCUCUCUCCUUCCCUUUCUUUGAUAAUCGUGGACACUCGUAGGUGCCUGAUGAACUCGAACUCUUGCUUCGGAUCUGCGCCGACUGUGUUUGCGAUCUCGCGCUUUUGAGCCUCCUCGGACUCACAAGCGUGAAUUAACUUGGGGAAUGUAGUGUCCUCGAAUAACAAGGACGGGGCGAAGAAAAAAGUAUUAUGAACAAAUAGUGGCAUUGAAAUUGUAAAUCCCUUUCGUAAUCGUGAAAUUAAUCUUCGUAUAAAUAAAAGACGAACGAAUGAAGACGAAGACCGAGUAUUUAUCUAUAAAUGUUGUUAAAUUAAUAUUUAACUGGUUUUUGAGAAAUAAAACUAGUUGCGGAAAUAUUUCCAUUAGACUUAAUUAAGAAUAAGUGUUUUCAGUAUUAAUUAAUUACGAGGCAAAUUUUAUUUGCACAAUUAUAGAUAAAUUUGCAAUUGAUACGCAACUCUCUGUGUAUGUAUCGACAAAUUAAUAUGUAAAGAGCUAAUAUACAGAGGUAAUUACCACGUUUAGUGUAUACAGGCGAUGAUGUUUUAUCGAACAUUAAUUACAAUUUUUCUUCAACGAAAAUAGUUUCUGCAGAGCAAUUAAAAAGAGAAUGCACUCGAUAUUAAGAUGCUUUAAGGGGAUCCUAAAGCGAAGCUCGAACUCUGACGAAGUCACCAGAGAUUGUUGUUUUCAGCGCAUCGACAUGUCUUUACUACCACAUUAAUAUCUCAUGCAACCUAUGAUACACGUAGUCGCACGUUUGUAUCAAUUUUCAUAUAACAAAUUCGUCGCGAUAAAGCGUCUAAAUCUAAUUUUAAGAACGUUAUUUGUUCGUGCAAACUACGUGUUUGUGGAUUACUAUUUCGUAAGUACAAAUUGCAAAACUUUCGUAUCAAGCAAAUGUUGUCACAACUUGACAGCUUUGAGACGCCAUGUUACAUUAAGAAGUGGUAAAAAAUCAAUUUCGAAAUUUUUGAUCGUUCUCGGCCUAAUAAACUCCACCUCACAAACACGUAUUAAUGCGUAUACUUUAAUUCUGGAAAAGAAUUUUCGAAUCUGUGAAAGAGAAAAAAAAAGUAUUUGUUAUACAAAAAUUAUGUGAUUUAGUCGGUUAUACAGACGACUUUAGGAUCCCCUUAAUGUCCAGAAUCUGUAAGGAGAUACAACAGUCAUUCAAAUCUUAAGCCGACAAAAAACAUUACUGAGUGCAUUUAUUUUAUUAAAUACUGUACAUUUAUGGAUCAAUACAUUGCAAGAUUCUGCAGAUGCGCGAAUAAAUUGGACGCACAUAGAUCCACAGAUCCACAGCUUCGAAGUCCCAUAGAAACGUAUCUCGACAAUGCAACUCAAAAUACGUGUUCUUCAAAAUGCCAAAAGUAACUGCCAAAGGAAGCGUGUUACGCACAUUACGUAGUGCAUAAGUACCAAAAAAUAAUCUAACGUCACUUUUUCACUAUUUGUACCUUCUAAUCCCCCUCGAUUAGGCGAUUAUGUAAUCUUUCAUUCCGAGUCCUUUUCCAUGAAAGAAAAGGAUUCGCAUCAUUCCUUAGUGGGAGGAGCGUGACGGUGUCGUUUGUUUGACGUUUGAAGAGCAAGAGUUUUGAUGAAAUAUCUUUAUUUAAGAAGCCGUAAAAUCUCUCUCUUGCUUUUCAAAGAUUGUUACGGUUAAUCGUUCGCGACGCGAUUCAGCUUUAGGACAUACGAUUUAGCUGUACUAAUGGCCAAUUAUAAAGGUAAGAAGAUAUCGAUGAGAGGUUUUUAAGAAAUGUAAACAUUUUAUGAGACUAUGGUUAUUGAAAGAUGUAAUAUAUAUAUAUAUAUAUAUAUAUAUAUACAUAUAUUGUAUGUACAAAAUAAAAAGGAGCUGGUAUCUCACAGUAAUUUCCAAGACUUUGAGUGAUACGCACGUUAAUCCCAUUCUGUGACGUGAUUAUUCUGCAGAUUUCGUGCGCAGUGCGGAUUAUUGGAUGCUUUGUUUGCAGGUAAACCGAUAAUCGAUACGCGGCGUACCUUUGGGGGGUGAUCUGGUAUUUGAUGACACCGCAACGUCUUAAUUAAAUAUCCAGAUCAUGUCGAAGCGCAGGAAGCACAGGAGUACGCAUCACAUAAUGUCGAUACUCGUAGUUAAUUUAAAUGCAUCCUGGUGAAGAACUGACGCUUCUCUAAUCGCAUGGAUCUACGCAGAUGAUGUUUUAAAAUAUUUGCCAAUUUUUUUGGCUCGCGAAAAAAAUGAGUUUUUUGAUUUAUUAUUCGUUUUAUUUCGUUUUAUUAUUUAACGGAUUAUUGUUUCAAUUGUCGUUAAUAUUUCGCGACAAUUGCAUUACCGAACAAAAAGUCGCACAACUCUGGAUGAAGUAUAAUACAAAGUAUAAUAUCUAAAAAUUAUUAAUAUUGAAAGAAUUAGUAUUUACAAACAUUAUUCGCAUAAUAUAAAAUAACGUAAUUAUAAUAUAAUUAGUACGAAAAGUUAUUUGCAUAGCAUAAUAAAUUCUAUCUCUUAAACGUCGUUAUUGUAUAUUUGUCGCGAUUUUUUGAUCACUCUGUGUAUGAAACGGCAUGUAACUUCUUUCUACACCAAUACGCCGAUGACGAUAAGAACUUAACACAAGCAUAUGUAGUUACUACGUCUUCUAGCACGGAUUAUUGAAGGCGACGAGCUCCGUCCCAGAUAAUUUUACAAUAACAUCGGUAAUGUUCGGUUAAGUAUUUUUCUCUCCAUGCUUGCCGCCGAUAUCGCUGAAACGUGAGUUUAUUUCGGAGGAUCCCGAGAGCAUCCGGGAACCGAAAAGUUCCCAGGAAGAUCCGAUGAAUCGAGCGAUUCCACGAGCUUUAGCGUAUAUGAUUCGCGAAUACGAGAAUGCAUAUAUUUUAGAAGUCUAGGAUCCAGGAAUCCUGAAAUACUCAGGAGUCUCUGGACGCGGAGAGGCGCGCUAUUUUCACUCCACGGCAUAUUCUUCGUAUUUCCAUGGCGGCAUCAAGAACGUGAGUAUAUAAUUCUGUGACGCUUGUGGAAUAUCUGUGCUUGUGGAGACUAUAAAAGAGAAGGUGAAUGGUGAUCGUGCGUGUGGAUGUGUUCACACAUGAUCGGACACACUCGAUCGUUUCGACUCACUGCCUAUACUUGUGACGUCUCUUCCACGUUAUCCGCACGCUCAAAGAAUUUCUUCAAAAGUGGAUUCGAACGACUGUUACUCGCUUGAGAGUUAAAGAUUUAUCUGAACGUUUAGUUUCUCAAAAAAAAAAAAAAAAAAAAA